AUGGCGAAGUUAUCGGUGGAGGAGCUCUCGAAACACGACACGGUCGAUGAUGCCUGGAUAGUGAUCAACGGCACAGUAUGGGACGUGACCGAGUUCGCGCCACGCCACCCAGGCGGUGCAGAGAUCAUCAACGAGUACCUAGGUGGCGACGCGACCAACGCCUAUAACGAGGUCCACGGUCCUUCUCUCGCCGCCAAAUACCUCGACGAAUCCAAGAACAAAGGCGAGCUCGACGAAUCCACCGUCACAGAUGAAUGGCGCUCCAAGCAGGCGGACAAGCACGAAUCCUCGAAGCCCGUGGACGAAGAUCGGCCGCCCCUCGACGCCAUCAUCAACCUCAAUGACUUCGAGGAUGCAGCCAAGCGAGCCCACUCCAAGAAGACCUGGGCGUUCCAGAUGACCGCCGCCAACGACUGCUUCACCCGUGACGCCAACGCCGACUUCUACCGCCGCAUCUGGUUCCGGCCGCGGGUACUCGUCGGCGUCAAGGACGUCAGCACCUCAGCCACGAUCCUGGGACAGAAAUUCAAACUCCCCAUCUUCUCCUCACCGGCCGCCCUAGCCAAGCUCUCCCACCCGGAAGGCGAGCGCGCCAUGGCGCGCGGCCUGGCUGCCUCAGGCUCAACCAUCAUCGCCUGCAACAACGCCUCCUUCUCCUUCAGCGAGAUCGCCGAAGUCCUCCCGCCAGGCCACCCACUCUUCUACCAACUCUACUUCAACCGCGACCGCCGCGUCACCGAGAAGCUGGUGCGCGAGGUCUCGCGCAACCCAAACCUCAAAGCCAUCACCGUGACGGUCGACCUCCCCGUCGUCGGCAAGCGCGAGGACGACGAGCGCGUCAAGAUCGAAGCCACCUACAAAGCCAGCAAGAACAUGCAGAGCCAGAACAUCGCCCGCGACAACAAGGGGUCCGGGCUCGCGCGCGCCACCGGCAGCUUCAUCGACCCGGCCCUCAACUGGGACGACCUGCUCUGGCUCCAGAGCAUCACGGACGUGCCUAUCUUCGUGAAAGGCAUCCAGUGCGCGGCGGACGCGCGCAAGGCGCUCGAGUACGGCUGUCGGGGCAUCUACAUCAGCAACAUGGCGGCCGGGCGGUCGACACGGCGCAGCCCAGCAUCCUCACGCUGCUGGAGUGCCAGGCGAAUUGUCCCGAGGUGCUGGAGCAGAUGGAGGUGUGGAUCGACGGCGGCGUCCGCCGGGGCACCGACGUGCUCAAGGCCAUCUGUUUGGGCGCUAGUGCCGUGUGUCUGGGCAGACCGUUCUUGUAUGCCGUGGGCUAUGGGCAGGAGGGCGUGGAGCACGCGGUCGAGAUCAUCAGAGACGAGCUCGAGACCGCCAUGCAGAUGGUGGGCAUCACGUCCCUGGACCAGGCGCACCCGGGCCUCCUCAACACCGCCGAGCUGGACCACUACGUCUACCGCGGGGACACCCACCCGUGGGCGCGAAAGAUUGUGCGGAACAAGAUACAGCACCACCAGAGGCCAAGGCGGAGUAGAUUGUAG